GCUCAGACACGCCCCUUCCCGGGCUUCGCGUCCCCUAGGGUGCCGGCCCUGCUCCCCCGGGGCGUCCGGCGCACCGUGGGGACUACAUAUCCCAGCAUGCCGCGGCGCCGGCGGAGCGAGGCGAGGCGCGGUGAGUCAGAGCCGCACAGUAAAUAUUUGUAUUAGCCGGAGCCGGCUCGCUAAUGGUGGACGCGUGAGGCGGAGGCGCGGGCGGCGGAGGGAGGCCGGAGCGGGCAGCGCGGCGGCGCCAUGUCCGUGAACAUGGACGAGCUCAAGCACCAGGUCAUGAUCAACCAGUUCGUGCUGACGGCGGGCUGCGCGGCCGACCAGGCGAAGCAACUGCUGCAGGCGGCCCACUGGCAGUUCGAGACAGCCCUCAGCGCCUUUUUCCAGGAGACCAACAUCCCCUACAGCCACCAUCACCACCAGAUGAUGUGCACCCCCGCCAAUACCCCUGCUACACCCCCCAACUUCCCCGACGCUCUCACCAUGUUCUCCCGUCUCAAGGCCUCCGAGAGCUUCCACAGCGGUGGCAGCGGCAGCCCGAUGGCCGCGACAGCCACGUCACCCCCGCCACACUUCCCCCAUGCCGCCACCAGCAGCUCUGCGGCCUCCAGCUGGCCCACGGCGGCCUCGCCCCCGGGGGGCCCACAGCACCACCAGCCACAGCCGCCCCUGUGGACUCCAACACCCCCUUCUCCGGCUUCAGACUGGCCACCCCUGGCCCCCCAACAGGCCACCUCAGAACCCAGGGCCCACCCUGCCAUGGAGGCAGAGAGAUAAGGGAGGCCCCUCCCCCCUCCCGGAGGCCAGGACCCCGUGGGGCGGGGGAGAGGACGUCUCUGCGGGCCCCCUUCACCCCUUUUCUGUCUGCACCCCUUGUUCCCCGGAGCCCUGGAGGGGAGAGCGCGGACUCUAGCCAGGCAGGGACACGUCUGGUGCCAGAACACGCAGCUGCCCACACGCAAGGUCAUGGCCCCAGCGGCCCCGGCACAUGGAGUGGUUCAGAGCGGCCUGGGUGCCUGGCGGACAGAACUUCAGAGACCACGCAGCCUUCCUUCGAAGACGUACCUGCCCAGCCCAGCCCAGGGGUGCCGUGGAGGACCACCCUGGCGGAGACAUCGCUGAUCCCUGGCUUGGAGCUCCUUGGGGGCCGGCAGGCCUCGACCCCCACCCUAGGGAAUGCAGAGCCUCUCCGCAUGUGUGCGCGUGGCCGUGUCUGUGUAUUUCUACGUGUGUCGCUCUUCAGAAGCAACCUAGUUCCUGGGGCAGCUGGACUUUGCAUGUUAGUGUGAGCCCCCAGCCCCCUGCCCGCCGCCCCCUCCCCAGGGCCCUGCCUCCUCCCCACCCCCUCGUCAGCCAGCGUUGCUGUUCCUUGCAGAGAAAAGGAUUGUGGGAAACUCCAGGACUCUUCCCACCGCCUCCCAGCGCCUGCCUGCUGGGGCUGCCUGCAUGCCUCCCCUGCACCUGGGGGUACCCGCAUCCACUUCCUUUCCCCCUUUUAACAAAAGAGAAGAACGAAUUCCAAACCAC